AAACUGGGGAACGAAAUGUCUUCGUCCGCUAUGGAAAAACACCUAUUUAAUUUAAAAUUUGCUGUAAAAGAGUUAGAGAGAAACUCUAAAAAAUGCGAAAAAGAAGAAAAGGUUGAGAAGGAGAAAGCUAAAAAGGCAAUACAGAAGGGCAACUUGGAGGGGGCUCGGAUACAUGCAGAGAAUGCCAUCAGACAGAAGAAUCAGGCAUUGAAUUACUUGCGGAUGUCAGCUAGAGUAGAUGCAGUGUCAAGCAGAGUGCAAACAGCACUGACAACUAGAAAGGUCACAAACUCCAUGGCUGGAGUAGUAAAAGCAAUGGACGCAGCAAUGAAAUCAAUGAACUUAGAGAAGAUAUCAACACUCAUGGACAAGUUCGAGAGUCAGUUUGAAGACCUGGAUGUGCAGUCCUCGUACAUGGAGAAUGCAAUGUCACAGACCACUACUACCACAGUGCCUCAGGGAGAUGUUGAUAAUCUAUUGCAGCAAGUUGCUGAUGAAGCUGGUUUGGAGCUCAACAUGGAGCUGCCCUCAGGAGUACCGAGCACCUCAGUGGGCACCGCCACUGUCGUCUCACAGGAACAAGACGAGCUCACACAACGACUCGCCAGAUUAAGACAAGCCGAGUAGCUAACGUUGUACAGAUAUUUGUUAUAGAACCGCGCACGAUCCUGUUAGAAGUAAGAACUAAAUAGCCGACCAUAUAUUUGGGAAAUACCCUCGGAUCUGUAUGAUUAACGUGCUUG